AUGGAGUCAACAGCUCAGCAUAUCUCACAUUUGUCAAGUGUUCAGAUUAAGGCAGAACCUGAUUCUGUUGAAACUCCUAAUGGGACCACAUUACUUGCUGUUCUUCAAGUCUUACAGAAAUACAAUCUCAAAGAAACAGAGGAUCAGUUAAAAAAAGAAGCCAAAGUUUCUGAUGUCCUUAAACAAAGGUCUGAUUCAAAAGUAAGUAGUGUUCUGUCAACCCACAAGUCUGAAGGAAAUGCCGAUUUAUAUGAAGAUGCAUUUAUGGACUUGAAAAAAUUUGUUGAUUCUUCCUUCGAUGCUUUUAAGCAUGAGCUUGGAAAGAUACUCUAUCCAGUAUUUGUACAUAUGUAUCUCGAAUUGGUUUAUAAUGGCCAUGAAGCAGAGGCCAUUAAAUUGAUGGAAAGAUUUGGGAAAGAUCAGGAACAUUAUUACAGAGAAGAUUUGCAACGGCUGUCCAUGUUUACCAAAAGAUAUCAAAUAAAUGGAAAUGAGAUUACUGAAAUUUUUAGGUCGAAUGAGUUUAUGAUAAGAAUAUCUAGAGACACUCUAGCUACAUUAAAAAGGCAUUUAUUAAAGAAAAAACAAAACAUUAUUUUAAAAAUUAUCCAAGAGCAUCUCCAUUUCGACACGUAUGAAAGAGUAGCUCGAACAAACUCUCAGAUUGAUUCAGUUGCUGGUUCAGUGAUUGGCGAAGCUACAAGGCAAGAAAAUAAAGCCAAAGUAUAUUAUGGCCUUCCAAGAGAGCCUGAUUACCAAUACACUGUCAUUGAAGAUGAUGAAGGUGGUGAUAAACCUAAGAAGAAGAAACCAAAAAAAGAAUCUCUUUUUAAUAAGAAAUUUAAAACUGAUCCUAAUGCUCCACCCAUGGAUCAAAUUCCGUUUCCUGAACUGAAGAAUAAUGACAAAACUGAAAAGAUCAAAGCAUUGAGAGAAGCUUCAAAAAUGGUGAACUUAGGAGUUGAUAGUUUACCAUCCAUUUGUUGUUAUACAUUGCUUAACUCAGCUCAGAGUGUCAUUUGUGCUGAAAUAUCAGAUGAUUCAACUAUUUUAGCAGUAGGGUUUUCUAAUAAUAAAGUGAAGGUUUGGAGUCUACUGACCCAAAAGCUCAAAGCAAUGAAGUCAGCGGACCAGUUACAAGACAUUGACUAUGAAGCAGAGAAUGUUUGGGCGCGAAUAAUGGAUGAGAGAAAUGCUGAAUCUUCCCGAGUACUUUAUGGUCAUUUGGGUCCUGUUUACAAUGUUUCUUUUAGUCCUGAUAAGACACUCUUAUUAUCAUGCUCAGAAGAUUCAACAGUUAGGCUGUGGAGCCUUCUAACAUGGACAUGUUUGGUUGCCUAUAGAGGUCAUGUUUUCCCUGUAUGGGAUGUCAAAUUUUCUCCUCAUGGUUAUUAUUUUGUCACUGCAAGUCAUGAUAAAACUGCAAGACUAUGGGCUACAGACCACCACCAGCCCCUCAGGAUAUUCUCUGGACAUUUUGCAGAUGUAGAUAAAGUCCAAUUUCAUCCAAAUUGUAACUAUGUUGCCACUGGCUCUAGUGAUAGAACUAUAAGGCUCUGGGAUUGUAUUACAGGCAACGAUGUAAGAGUAAUGACUGGUCAUAAGGCUGCCAUACUAGCUCUCAGUUUUUCUACAGAAGGAAGAUUUCUGGCUUCAGCUGGUUCAGAUAAUAGUCUGCUGUUGUGGGAUAUAGCACAUGGACACUUACUUGCUCAAAUGGUAUCUCAUUCGGGCCCUAUACAUUGUUUAUCAUUCAGCAGAGAUGGAACUAUUUUAGCCUCCGGUUCUUUGGAUUGUACUGUGAAACUAUGGGAUUUCGCAAAAUUGGUUGAAGAUGUUAAUUUAAAUCACAAUCCAGACAUAAUAAGUAAUACAGUAUCAUAUCUUUUGAGAACUUAUGCUACUAAAUCUUCACCUUUGAUUUCAUUGCAAUUUUCAAGAAGAAAUGUUCUCCUAGCUGUUGCCAUGUUUGACACAAACAUGUGA